AUGGUCUGGCCAUUCUCCUCCUCGUCCUCGUCCUCCUCCUCGUCGGCGUCGUCGUCGUCGGCAUCCACAUCACAGGUCGACCUUUCGACGCCGCCGCCACCGUCGGCAUCCGCCGCGCCUUCGCCAACGUCGAACUCUGCCGACUCGGACCCGACCGCAUACCUGCGCAGCCACUCGUUUGUCACGCCGUCCGCACCGUCUUCGUCUUCGUCGAGCGCUGCUCCCGGCACCGCCGCCGCCGCCGCCGCCUCGGAGCCCUAUGUCCCAUCCGCCACCUCGCUCCUGUACGACUCGGCGCUCGACGUGUCGGCGCUGCACCCCAUGGCCGGACUGCAGAAGGAGGACCUCGAGUACCUCGAGAUCGCCGACAACGCCCCCUCGUCGCUCGAGGGCGGGCGCACCGCCGUCCCCUCGCGCGGAUGGAGCGACGACCUGUGCUACGGCACGGGAACCACGUACCUCUCCGGCCUCGCCAUCGGCGGCCUCCUCGGCGCCCGCGAAGGCUUCUCGCGCCCGCUCGGCGUAGACAACCCCACCUUCCGCCUCCGCCUCAACGCCAUCCUCAACCAGGUCACCCGCCGCGGCUCCUUCUUUGGCAACUCGGCAGGCGUCGUCGCCCUCAUCUACAACCUCGUCGACGCCGCCAUCGACGCCACCCGCGGCAAACACGACAUCUACGGCGCCGUCGCUGCCGGCGGACUCAGCGGCGCCCUGUUCAAGUGCACCGCCGGCACGCGCCCCAUGAUGACGGCCAGCGCAAUCAUGAUGGCCGCCGCCGCCACAUGGACAAAGGCAAAGGAGGCCCUCAUCUGA